AUGAACACGUUGACACCACUUGUUAUGGCUAUGUUUUUUGCAAAUGAUGAAGAAGGCCGAAAACGAAUACCUAUCAUUCUUGGAAACCUUUCGGUAAUAAUCAGUAGAAAUGAGAAUGAUGAGAAUAUGCAACAUAAUACACUACAACAGAAUGAUGGUCAACGAUAUAAUAAAGGCCUGAUAUCGAGAGGGAAACGAAAGAUAAAGGGCGACAACAGUAAUAUCAAUAAACGGGGCACUAUGUUUAAGAUCACUGUUCAAUAUGGAUCAGGCACAGGGAAAAUUAGUUGGGUUGUUUACCGCCGAUUUUGGGACUUUGUCAAACUACAUUACCAUUAUAAAAAGAAGUACAAUAAUAAGAGAGAGUCGCAUUUGAGAGAAGGUUUCAUGGGAAACUAUACACGUCCUCCACAAUUUCCUAGUAUACCUCGGCACUACUUUGGUAAAAGGUUAAGGAAAGAUCAGUGCCAGCCGCAGAAGUGGCAACAACAGCAUCAGGCUCAACAGCAAACACCUCAGCGACUACAACAGGAACGAAUGUUAUCAUCUAAGAGCAGACAACUAACUGAUACAAGUCACCAUACAGCUCCUACAUCUAUUAUCGAUGAAGAUGCUGUUACCUCUGCUGUGACGAGGCAACAACUGGUUAACGAUGUUACUGUCAUGAAUAUUUCUGAUAUCAUUGAUCCCGAUGAGAGAAAAAUGAUGGUAGACUCACCAGCAAAUGCAAGUAUUAUGUCCUCCAAUUUCGAUACGACUGAUGCUAUUAUAUUGCAGCAAGCUGAUGACACCGUAUUUCAAGCAUUGGAAGAAUACUUGAAUCAAUUCAUUGCCUCUUUGGGACCAUGUGCGCCUGUCAAUCGACUGUGUAAAUUUUUGGAGAUUUCGCAUUUGGGUUUACAACUAGCUGCUCAGUAUCCUGAAGCAAAUACUGUAGCUCGUGGUAAAGAAGAUUAUGCUGUUCUUCAAAGUCGGACUGAUAAUGGUCCGAAGCAAAAACGUCGAAACCUUCUGGAGGAUGGUUUAACGUGCUCAAUACCAACAACUCGUGGAAGAAGACAUCAACAGCCAAUGUGGUUCAUUAUCCGUGAUACUUAUGUUGUUUGUGUAGAAGACCCUACUCAGUCGGAAAUCUAUGAUGUGUUCUUAUUCGAUCACAAAUUUGACUUACAUCGAUUAGCUUUAUCCGGAGAUAAAUCUGAUCAUCGCAAGACAAAAAGUAAACGUAUAUUUUUCAGCAAUGUACUCGUAAAUGCAUCUCACUUUGCCAAAGCCAAAUCCACUCUAUGUCUCAGCAAUAUGCACGGUAUUUAUCAUCUCCGCGCUAAGAACGAAGAGCAAGCAAAACAAUUGGAAAAAUCCAUUCGAUUCAUGGCUUCCAAUUCCAUAUGGUGCAAAGAACACCGUUUCAACAGUUUUGCUCCCAUUCGGACAAAUUCAAGUGUUGCAUGGUUUGUUGACGGUAGAGACUAUUUCUGGGAUGUCUCUGUCGCUUUAGAUAAUGCGAAAGAAAGUAUAUAUAUACAUGAUUGGUGGCUGUCCCCUGAACUGUUUCUGCGAAGACCUGCCGCACAAAACCUUGAAUGGAGGCUUGAUCGUGUUCUUAAACGUAAAGCUGAUCAAGGCGUCAAAAUUUAUAUUGUCAUCUACAAAGAAGUUGCCAUGGCUUUACCCUUAUUCUCACAUCAAACGAAACGACACUUGCUACAACUCUCUCCAAAUAUCUUUGUUCAACGUCAUCCCUCACGUGCAUUAGAUAUAUUUGACAAAAACAGUAUUUUCUUUUGGGCACAUCAUGAAAAAAUCUGUAUAGUUGAUAAUGAAAUUGCCUUUGUAGGAGGUAUUGAUCAAUGUUUUGGACGAUAUGAUACCCCAGGUCACAUAUUGGUAGAUGACCUGAAGCCUGAACUGGAUAUAGACAAUGAUCAUCCACAAAUUUGGCCAGGCAAAGAUUACUCCAACCCUCGUAUUAUUGAUUUUCAUACUCUGGAAAAGCCUUUUGAAGACAAUCAGGAUCGAACUACUCUACCACGUAUGCCAUGGCAUGAUGUCUCUAUGCGUAUCGUGGGCCCAGCAGCUCGUGAUGUAGCUCGUCAUUUCAUUCAAAGGUGGAAUUUUUUGCGUCGCAAAAAGCCAACGGCGCCAAAAAAGCCUACGCCUAUGUUAUUGCCAAUACCUGAAAGCUAUACACAUCAACUGAGUAAUGAUGAUCCUCGUAUUUGCCAUCCUCAUACCUCUCGCUCUUGUAACGUGCAAAUUCUACGUAGUGUGUCACCAUGGAGUAUUGGAUCUAUCGAUCAUACUGAGAAAAGUAUUCAAAAUGCCUAUUGUGAGUCAAUUAGAGCCUCAGAAUAUUUUAUUUACAUCGAGAAUAAGAUUGGUGAAGCCAUUUACGACCGUAUCAUACGUGCUCAUAAACAAGGUGAAAAGUGGCGGGCCAUUAUUGUUCUUCCACUUGUCCCUGGAUUUCCUGCCAACAUAGAUGAAACAGAAGCAACUACUGUUCGCCUAAUUAUGAAAUAUCAAUACAUUACUGUAGGUCAAGGCCCUGAUUCACUUUUAGGGCGACUUCAUACGGCUGGUAUAACCCAUACACAUGAAUAUAUUAACUUUUACGGUUUGCGUAACUGGGCAGAAUUGAAUGGUCAAUAUGUAACAGAACAAGUGUACAUUCAUUCGAAGAUAAUGAUUGUGGAUGAUAAAGCAGUUAUCAUUGGAUCUGCUAACAUCAAUGAACGUUCUCAAUUAGGCUCACGAGAUUCUGAAAUUGCAGCCUUUGUUGAAGACGACGAUAACGAACUCAUUGACUCAUUUAUAAACAAUCAACCUGCUAAAGUAGGUCGAUUUGCACAUACCCUCAGAAUGCAUCUAAUGUGUGAACAUAUUGGUCUAGAUGUGGAUCAAAUGAAACGCGAAUUGUAUACAAGUAGCAUGAACAAUAACACUUCCACAGCAACUUACUUAAAUCAGUCGGCAUGGACAGAUAGGAAAAUAAGUGAUGGAGAUAAGAAUGAUACUAUUGACUGUUUGCCUCCAUAUGUUCAAGUGCUGGGUGGCAAUCCAGGAACACAGGAAAAAGAACGAAUUAAAAUGGAGGAAAAGGAUGGUCAUCAAUUACACUCCACAAACCGGAAGCAAUUUGAAAUGUCGCAUACACAAUUUUCGUCUGACAGUUCUGACACAAGUAGCAAUGAUGGCGGAUCUUUAAAGAAUAUGAAUUUGAAAAAUAUAAGAAGGCAUAAGAAGCAUAAGAGGCGUAGAUUCUUGCUCAGCAAGAGCGAAAAAAAGAGCAGCAAUAAAGAAGAGGACGCAAAAAAGUUGGUACAAGCUGCAACUGUGGCAAAUGUGAUUGCAAAAGGAAAAAAACAAGGUUUGAACGCAGAUCCAUCCUCCUUAGAAAAAGCACAGACCACAAAUCCAAACGACAGUCAGCAUUCCAGCAAUCAGGAAACUGCAGCUGUAUUGUCAACUACAAAUGUAGAUAAAAGAUCAACAUCGAUUGUGUCACCUACAAAGUCUAUCUUUGGUAAAAGGAAGAGUACGAAAGAAGAUUUUCUAGACUUUUGGAGUUCUUUAACUCCUGAUACGGACCCUAAUGGUGAUGGCAAAGCUGGUGUGGAUUUGGCAUCAGACUAUUACGGCAGCUCAAAAUUGGAUACUUCUUUUCUUGAGAAUAAAACAGUGGGCGACAUCUACCGUAUUUUACAAGAUCCACUUUCUGAUGACUUCCAAAACGUUUGGCAUAUGCUAGCUAGAGUCAACACUGAUCUCUUCCGUCGUGCCUUUUUGAUUACUCCUGAUAAUAACGUGCGUACAUGGGAACAGUAUGACAAUUAUAGCAAAAUGGCGAAGCUUUUUUUGGGCCGUACUGAUAUCAAACAUGGCGGUACAAAAACCACUGUAGCCGCAGGAAAUGCUACUACUCUUCCAUUAAAUACUUUAAAUUGUAACGAUAAUGGAAUAAACGGUAUUGACGACUGUAGCAGUGAUAAGCAAGUUACAGUACACGAAUUGAUUCAGCAUAUCAAAGGGCAUCUGGUGAUAUGGCCAAACUUUUUUAUGGAAGAAGAAGAGAAAAACAAUGAAUUCCUGUUUGGUGUGGAUAAAUUGGCUCCUCUUGAGAUAUUUGACUAA